AUGGCUGUCAACAUCCCAGGAGUGAUAGCGAUGGUCUUCUUCUACAUGCUGGUUCUGGGAACCGGCAUCUGGGCUUCUUUCAAGUCCAAAAGGGAGCAGAAGAAAAGUGCAGCCACUGGAGUGGAUAUGGCCCUGCUGGGAAACCGGAGGAUUAGCUUGGUGGUGGGAAUCUUCACAAUGACAGCUACGUGGGUUGGAGGAGGACUCAUUGUUGGCACUGCUGAGAUGGUGUACACGCCCUCUAUGGGACUAACUUCAGCCGUUGUGAUGAUGAUAGCAUACAGCUCUUCUUUCAUCAUUGUUGGUAUGGUAUUUACCAAGCCAAUGAGAGAAAGACGUUGUACAACAAUGCUGGACCCUUUCAACAUGAAGUAUGGAAAAACACUGACAGCUGGACUGAGCCUGGUUUCAGUUUUUGUUGAUCUGACAUGGGUACCCAAUACACUCAUUGGUUUAGGAGGAAUCAUGAAUGUGGUCUUGGAUUUACCUUUUGCUGUUUGCAUCUGGAUUUCUGCUGCUGUUGCCAUCAUCUACACGCUGCUGGGAGGCCUCUACUCUGUGGCCUACACAGAUAUUAUACAGCUCUUCCUCAUAUUCUUUGGUUUGUGGGUUUGUGUUCCCUUUGUUUUGAUGAGCCCAUACACUCUGGACAUCAGCCAGACGUUGAUGAACAACACCUUACACGCUCCCUGGAUCGGAACGCCAGAACUGAAAACGGCCUGGAGGAUUGUUGAUGAUUUCUUAUUCUUUGCACUGGGGAGUCUGGGAUACCAGUGCUUCCACCAGAGGACCUUGUCAGCCUCCUCCACAGCCACAGCCAGGAUCACAUGUCUUGUUGCUGGUUUCAUCUAUCCUUUAUUUGGGUUACCUCCCAUUCUGCUUGGGGCAGGAGCUGCAUCCACAGAUUGGAACAUGACGUCCUAUGGUUCUCCAUCUCCAUAUGAACGUGGAGAGGCAGCUUUAGCUCUUCCCUUUGCCCUGCAGCACCUCACUCCAUCUUUCAUCUCCAUCGUUGGUAUUGGAUGUGUAGCAGCAGCUGUGAUGUCAUCAGCUGACUCUGCUUUGCUUUCUGCAGCUUCUGUCUUCAGUGUGAACAUAUACAAGAGCAUCCUGAGGCCUCAGGCAUCAGACAGAGAGAUUCAGUGGGUGAUCCGUGCUGCUGUGGUGGUAGUGGGUGUGGCUGGUACAUCACUCACCAUCCUGAAAAGCAGCAUCAUUCUGUUUCUGUUCAUUAGUGGUGAAGGAGCCUACAUUGUUAUCUUCCCUCAACUCGUCUGUGUCCUCUUCUUCAACAUCUCCAAUGGUUAUGGGGCUGUUAUGGGUUUGCUUGUGGGAAUUUCUGUAAGGAUACUCAGUGGGGACUCAUCUCUAGGAUUAGCACCAGUCCUACACUUCCCAGGAUGCACUCUUGAGGACGGUGUUUAUGUCCAGUAUGCUCCAGUUAGGACCAUCUGCAUGCUGUCUGCUUUUGCUGCCAUCUUGAUUUUCUCCUACCUGGCUUCAGUGCUCUUUAACAAAGGUCUGCUUCCUGAGAGAUGGGAUGUGUUCAAAGUGAAAGCCCAGGAGUCACCACAACCACUGACACCAGUAGGUGGCGCAACAGAACCAAAUGAAAAUGAGAAAUUGAGGACAACUCACUGUGAGGCUGAGGCCUCAGAGCCAAUGAUGACCACUAACUCUUAGUGAUUGUGUUUAAUGGAGACUCUCUUGUUUUUGUACAUUUUCUAUCCCAAUUUUUUAAGCAACAUAAAAAUCUUAGUUUACGGGGACAAAAUUUAAAAUUCUUUCCAAUUUUAGCAUUUUCCAUUUGGGUGGUUCUGUUACAGCCUCUUAACAAUGAUUAAUUUAAACCACCAAAAUAAGGCUCGUACAAAAGAG